AUGACUACUCUCAAGCCCGGUGACGCCUUCCCUGAGGAUGUGAUCUUCCAGCACAUCCCUUGGACAAAGGAGAGCAGUGACUUCGCCUCAUGUGGUAUUCCUACCAACUACAAUGCCUCCAAGGAGUGGGCAGACAAGAAGGUUGUCCUCUUCUCUGUUCCUGGCGCCUUUACCCCCACCUGCUCCGUCAACCACGUCCCCGGCUACAUCCAGAACCUUCCUAAGCUCCGUGAGAAGGGUGUCGAUAUUGUCGCUGUCCUUGCCUUUAACGAUGCAUUUGUCAUGAGCGCUUGGGGCAAAGUGAACGGAGUCGAAGACAAGAUUCUGUUCCUUUCCGAUCCCGAUGCCAAGUUCUCUCAGACCAUUGGUUGGGCUGAUAGUGCCUCGGGCCGUACUGGCCGAUAUGCCAUUGUCAUCGACCACGGCAAGAUCAGCUAUGCCAAGAUUGAGACCAAGAAGGGUGUUGUCGAGAACUCUGGAGCUGAUGCUGUCCUUGCUUCCCUGUAA